AAGAUCUUCCUCCUGAUCAUCCUAAUGCAAAAACCCAUCGAGAAGUAAUGUGUCUUUCUUGUCCAAAUGGGGAAAAAACCUGGCUUCGAAAAAUUGGAGAUUUUAAUACAUCGAAUUUGUGGCGGCAUGUUGAGAGUCAUCAUCCUGAUAAAGAUUUACGACGACAAGACAUAUUGGAAGAAUUUAUGAAUCAGAGUAACUCUUUACCUGAAUUUUCACAAGCAACCUUUCGUAAAUUUCUUGCACAAUGGGUGAUCUCUGAUAGUCAACCAUUUAUGACUUUAGAAAAUAUACAUUUUCGUCGUUUAGUAAAAUUGUGCAUCGCUCAUAUUAUUAAUAUAGGUGUGCAAGACAUUUUAAAAAAUCUAAAGGCAGGUGAAGCACAAACAGAGAAUGAUAUUCUGGAUAAUUUAAAUAAAUCAUUAAAUACUGGAGAAAUUAUUCCAAAACUUAGAAAGCUCAUUGUUAAUAUCAGAUCUUCUCCACAGCGUCGUGAACGAUUUGCACCAUUGGAUGCAAUUACAAGUUUAAAUAAAGAACUUAAAAUAUUUGAACUUAAUGAUAAUGAAUGGAAUAAAAUCAAAGAAAUUGUAAUGAUUUUAAAGAUAUUUGCACGAACAACUAAGCUAGUUUCUUCAGCAAAAUAUCCGUUACUUGCUUCUACAAUUCCAAUCUAUAAUUAUUUAAUUAACGAACUUGAAAUGCAUUAUAAUAGUUCAAACAACUCAAGUGAAGUAAUUAUUGCAAUGAAUGCAGGCUUAAAAAAAUUAAAGGAAUAUUAUGAAAGGACAAAUUAUAGUGCUAUAUAUUCUGUCGCGAUGGUGCUUGACCCACGGUUAAAACUAAAUUAUUACAAAGAAAAAAAUUGGGAUGCUAAUUUUAUUAACGGCAUUAAAGAAACUGUUGUUAAUCUUUAUGAAAACAAUUAUAUGCCAAUUGUUCAUGAAACUGAUAGCGAUCAAGAG